UCAAAAUUUAAGUGUGUUAAACUAAGGCCAAUGACAAGCAAAUAACACUAGAUAAACAGUUAACAUAAAUACUAACAUCAAGUACAAUCAGUUGACUUAUCAAGUGCUCAAUAUGUACUUCAGUCUGCAACGAUUUUCCGCAUUUAAAACCUUUGGACGGCUGAAGAAGCUCACACCGAUUUAUCCAACGGCCAAUAAUUCCCAGAGCCCUUCCAAUGGCCAAAUAACACCGUAUCAUCAUCAGCAGCUACAGCAACAACAACAACAGCAAAAUGAGCACGGUUAUUAUAAAACCACAAUACCCGUUGGCACUGGCAGCGACGCCAGCAGCUCUCACUGCGCUCACUGUCAAACAGCUGAUUUGUGCUCACGCGCACUAAUCCAAGAGAGAGUCAGUCUCAACAAUAAUAAUAAAAUAAACGCGGCACGACUCUCACACACACAUGCACACGAAAGCACGAGCAACUGUGACGAUGGCGUCGCUGCUGCUGCUGAGGCUGGCGCUGCGACUGCGAAAUGGCGCAGUAGUCGUGUGUGUAAAAAUCAUACGACUACAACGACAACAACGCUCGAAUACGAACUUUCGAAUUUUGCAAAACUCACAACUGAAAUCAGUACGCAACACAACGUUGACCAGGCAACAGGCACAGCAACAGCAAUAGCAGAAGCUUUGCCACCACCCAUAAUAUCCUCAGCCCACUGGCAGCAGCUACAACAGAGCCUGCACGACCUACACCAUCAGCAACAACCACAGAAACAACAACUGCUUGGCAACACGAGCAACAAUCUACAACAGGCACGCAACAUGAGCAACAUGAGCAAUGGAAAAGAUCUGCAACGUGAUCGUCUGGGUCUUUGGGGCACCGGCGACAAUGAGAUCGUGGGCAAUCUCUCCGGACUCGACCGUCUGCACCAGAAACGCUACUCCAAGGGUCUAGCUUUCACACGUGAGGAGCGUCAAGUUUUGGGCAUUCAUGGACUUUUGCCGUAUGUGGUGCGCACCGAUGAGGAGCAAUUGGCACAUUGUCACACAUUGCUAAACCGGCUGGAGAAUGAUCUGGACAAGUACAUGUAUCUGAUUGGACUCUCGGAGCGUAAUGAGCGUCUCUUCUACAAGGUGCUCAGCUCAGACAUAGCCGGCAUGAUGCCCCUGGUAUAUACGCCCACCGUGGGAUUGGCUUGCCAGAAGUACAGUCUUGUAUUCCAAAGGCCCAAGGGAAUGUUCAUAACCAUCAAGGACAAGGGCCACAUUUAUGAAGUGCUCAAGAACUGGCCAGAGACGGAUGUGCGUGCCAUUGUGGUCACCGAUGGUGAACGCAUCUUGGGAUUGGGCGAUCUGGGUGCCAAUGGCAUGGGUAUUCCCGUGGGCAAGCUGUCGUUGUACACGGCCUUAGCUGGCAUCAAGCCACAUCAGUGUCUGCCCAUCACAUUGGAUGUGGGCACCAAUACAAAAUCCAUUCUGGAGGAUCCGCUUUACAUGGGUCUGCGACAGGAGCGCACAACUGGCGAUCAAUACGAUGAGUUCAUCGAUGAAUUCAUGCGCGCCUGUGUCCGUCGCUUUGGCCAGAACUGUCUCAUCCAGUUCGAGGACUUUGGCAAUGCCAAUGCCUUCCGUUUGUUGUCCACCUAUCGCGACAGUUACUGCACAUUCAACGAUGACAUUCAGGGCACAGCUGCUGUCGCAGUGGCUGGCUUGUUGGCCUCCCUGAAGAUCAAGAAGACACUGCUAAAGGACAAUGUUCUACUGUUCCUGGGUGCUGGCGAGGCUGCGCUGGGCAUUGCCACGCUCUGCACCAUGGCCAUGAAGGCGGAGGGACUCAGCGACGAGGAAGCCAAAGCACGCAUCUGGAUGGUGGACAGCCGUGGUGUAAUUGUACGUGAUCGUCCAAAGGGCGGUCUCACCGAGCACAAGCUGCACUUUGCCCAGGUGCAUGAACCCAUCGAUACCUUGAUGGAGGCUGUCGUCAAAGUGCGUCCAAAUGUGCUGAUUGGAGCGGCUGCUCAGGGCGGUGCCUUCACCCGCGAGAUCUUGGAGCAAAUGGCCGAGAUCAAUGAGACACCCAUCAUAUUUGCCCUAUCGAAUCCCACCAGCAAGGCCGAGUGUACCGCCGAACAGGCAUAUACCUAUACCAAUGGCAGGUGCAUCUUUGCCUCGGGCUCACCCUUUGCUCCCGUCACCUACAACGGACGUAAGUUCUAUCCGGGUCAGGGUAACAACUCGUACAUCUUUCCGGGCGUGGCUCUUGGAGUUCUGUGUGCUGGCAUGCUGACCAUUCCUGAGGAGGCCUUCUUGAUUUCUGCCCAAUGUCUGGCUGAAAUUGUCUCCAAGGAGGAUCUGGAAAAGGGUAGUCUGUAUCCACCACUCAAUUCGAUCGUCAACUGUUCGAUUGCCAUUGCCGAAAGGAUUGUGCAGUACGCCUUUAAGAACAAAUUGGCCACCGUCUAUCCUGAGCCAUCCAACAAGUUGGCCUUCAUCAAGGCCCAAAUGUACGAUCUCGACUAUCCGCGUGCCUUACCCGUCACCUACCCCUUGUAAAUAGAAGUGGAAGAGUCGACAGUACGUCCUCAAAGGAUUCUCGUUCACAUCCUCAUCCGCAAUACAUCUGAAUUUCCACGGCAUUUCCUUCUUUGAGUUGACGUACGAUCAGACAGCAACAAAAAACAUGCAACAGCAUAUGUUAUUUAUUUUUAUAAAGUCGCACAUACUUCUAAUAUCUUAUUAUACUCCAUGCACCCAAGGAACCAUAUUGUUUGCUGGCCCAAAACACAUUUGAUAAACGGAUAUAAUGAUGAUAUAUGAUGAUAUAUAUGUAAAUGGGAUAUUAAUACGUUAGAUAUCUUUAUGUACUAAAUACAAAUUCUAUGUAAUCGUGAAUACACACUAUGAUAAGUAUCUAAAUAUAAUAAUAAAAUAAUCUAAACAAAAUA